GUUUACAACCAGCUGACAUCCGGUGUCUUCCCGUCCAUUAGCCUUCGAUACCCACAGUCAACCAUAACGAUACCUAUCUGCACUCGAUAAUUUCCUCACGAAAAUCGAUCCCUGUUGAUUCGUCAACUCAACUGAAUGCAAAAUUCCAUCGUGUUCAUCAGAUGCAGGGCUCUGGCCCCGUCCCCAGCAGCUGAAGCACACCAGUCCUGUCCUCUCUGCUCCACGUCCACGGACUUCCUCCUCGCUGAGCCAUGACCACCCAGAGGGACCUUGAUAUGGUGCACCUCCGCCUCAUCCUGGUCAGUGGCAAAACGCAAGACUUCACUUUCUCCCCGAACGACUCGGCCACAGACAUCGCCAAGCAUGUGUUUGACAACUGGCCUGCAGGAUGGGAGGAAGAGCAGGUGAGCAGUCCCAGUAUACUGCGCCUCAUCUUUCAGGGACGCUUCCUUCACGGCAACGUUACCCUGGGAGCUCUAAAGCUGCCACCGGGCCGGACGACCGUCAUGCACCUGGUCGCCAGAGAGACUCUUCCAGAGCCCAACUCUCAUGGUCAAAGGAACAGAGAAAAAACCACAGAGAGUAAUUGCUGCCUCCUCUUGUAAAGAAAAGACCCCUCCCCCCCUCCCCCACCCUAACCUUACACCCACAAACAUAACACACAUAUUAAACAUGCAAUCGCCCCCUCUCCGUUCUCUCCCGCCUGUCAUCCCGUCAGCUGUGGACCUGGAAUAAAUUGGAAGUCCGUUUGUGGCCAUCGCUCACUUCGGUUGAACUUUUGUCCAAUCUGAGGGGUUUUUCUUUUGUGCCAAUAUGUGUUCACUUUUCUGCCCCCGAACCUUUACUCUGUCAACCCAGUCGUAGUUAGACCACGACUUUGAACAAUACUGGAUCCGCGCGGUGCGGAUCUCUUUGUCUCUGGAGACGUUUUCAAGAGCUGUCACAUGUAGAGAUGAAGACCCAGGAACUCGUCGCUCUUCUUCAUGGACACAGAAGUGCUAUAAAGGAUGUGUGGGACUUUAACCCUUCCCUACUAGUCACAUGGAUGUUUCCCUAGGUCUUACUGAAUGGUGUUAACCCUCUCAUUGCACUUAACCAGUUUAAUUCUGAAGUGUUUAUUGUGUUUCACCUCCCCUUCCUCAUGGCUUUUUUUUGUUUGUUUGUUUUUGGGUCAGAUGAACUGACCUUAAUAUUCCCUAUGUGGUAGAAAAUGUGCCAUCCUCCUCAUAGACUAUCUCUGCCUCACUAACUGGACUGUUUGGCCUGGACCGAUUACCUGCAGCAGUUUGUUCCUGGCUGUGGACCAAUGGAAAACUUUUAUCAGGGAGAGUCAAACACCUGAGGGUCCAUGAGAAAAACAGGAGCAGCGAGGAAAAGGACGUCGCCACCGGCUGUUUGUCUGGCGGAGACUUUAUCGAUUAGACUGUCGACGCAGCGGGCCAGUUAAACGCAGACGCAAGACAAGUUUGAAAUGGGAGGCGUGAGACCCUCCUCUCACGGACACUGAAAACGAGGCAGAGGGAGAGAUCCUCCCGUUGGAUGAAGAGUUAAAAAAAAAAGGAAAGUUUUGGCGGUGUUUCACCUCCUUUUUUCAUUUGGAUGCUGUCGUUACUUCUCGUUUGCCUUUUAUCGUGGAAUUCAGUAAUAUCAUUAAUAUUGAAAUUUAAAUAUAUCAAUUUUUAUCUUGUGUAUAGGUAUGUGUUGAAUUUUAGUGUGGGUGCGUUUGUGUGUGCGAGUGAGGGUGUGUGAUGCACGUGGCAUACUGAAUGAGGACUAGUUGAGGGCAUGUGGUCUUAAAAAAAAUUAGGUGGUGCACUGGGAGUGUUGAUGGUUUGUGGUUUCUUCAGAAACAGUCGGAAACCUUUUGAUUCCUUCCAUCGAGUGUCCUUUGGUUUGUGUUUUUGUCAAUCAGUGUCACUGCUAUGAAGUUUAGCUCAGUAUGAAUAAAUGUAAAAACUAAAAUGCAAUGUGGUCUACAUAAAUGCUUGUAUUAUAAAUUAAUAAAUCUUUACAUAAGGCAA